AUAGUAGCAGUUAGAUAAAAGAUAAAGACAGCUGACAAAAAGUCAUCGAUUUUGGUAUUUGAGACGUCAUUGACGAAAAAAAUUAGUGUGUGAUUUUUCUUUUCGUGAAAAAGGAAGAUUUUCCGAGUAUUUUCGGGGGCAAGACGGAUUAGCAGCCAAGAUGAUCAACGUUGCAACCCGGGCAGCCAAUUUGCCGCAAUAUCUCAAGGCUACGUCGCAGGUGGUGGCGUCCGGACUGAGGCCAGUGGCUGCUGGACUUCCACCUUUGGGCAAGGAUGUCGUCGUAGCCGGCGGAGUCAGCCCAGUCUCUAGCUGCACCCUCAAUGCCCAGCUCCCCCAGCAUGUGGUGUCCGUGAAAUCAGGCCCAGCAGUGACCACGCAGGUGAGAUUUUCCCACACUGACCUGCAAGUGCCGGACUUCUCGCCCUACCGCAGGGAUUCUGUGCAGAAGCCCAACAGGAAGAAUGACAGCGCUGAAGACAGGAAGGCCUUCACCUAUCUUGUGGUCGGGAGCAGUCUUGUGGGCAGCACUUAUGCCGCCAAGGCUCUUGUGACGCAAUUUGUGAGCUCCAUGAGCGCUUCAGCUGAUGUCUUGGCUCUGGCAAAGAUUGAGAUCAAAUUGUCUGACAUCCCAGAAGGGAAGUCAGCAACCUUCAAGUGGCGCGGGAAGCCGCUCUUCAUCCGUCACAGGACUUCAGAUGAGAUUGCCACCGAGCAGUCCGUUGCCCCUAGCAGUCUCCGUGAUCCUCAAGCAGAUGCGGAACGCGUUCAACGACCAGAAUGGCUUGUUGUGAUUGGCGUCUGCACUCAUUUGGGUUGCGUGCCAAUCGCCAAUGCCGGAGACUUCGGUGGCUACUACUGUCCAUGCCAUGGAUCGCAUUACGAUGCCUCUGGGCGCAUCCGGAAGGGACCGGCUCCACUGAAUCUAGAAGUACCCUUCUACACUUUCCCCGACGAUGGCACGCUCGUUGUCGGCUAGAUGUAUGUUUCUUGUGUCCGCAAGGAAGAUAUCAAAUGUUCCGCUUAAAAAAUAAAUUCUUUUACCAUCCAGAAUUCGAUAGUUACAUCCCUUUGGUGACACAGAAGGAGGAGUCUUUAGCUGAAACUGUGUAAAUUAUUAUAAUAAACGGUAAAUGAAAAUGA